CUUUCCUCAUUCCUCAUCGCCUUCAUCGCUCUUCUUGUUGAGUCAAGCUGUAUGCCCGGGUUGCGAAUAAUCGGCCCACCGGUGCAGACAGGAAGGCAACCUUCAUGUUGAACCGAUGAACUAUCAGACCAUGGCGGGCAACGCCUCCAGCGCCAUGCGCCCAGAUGGAUCAUCAUUUAGGGAUGGUGACCAACGCAAUGGACACGACACGGACAAUUUCGAGUCUGAGCUCGACCCGGCCGAGACGAUGCGACGCUCCCCGACGACCUCGCCUCAGAGCUUCACUACCCGGUCCCUCCUGGUGGGCAUUAUCAUCGGCGCCCUGAUCACCUUCUCCAACACCUAUUUCGGUUUACAGACAGGCUGGAUCAGUACGAUGGCGAUGCCAUCGGCCCUGAUCGGGUUUUCCGUCUUCAAAGUCUUCUCCAAAUAUCUUUCCUAUCCGUUUACGCCGAUCGAGAACGUCCUCAUUCAGACGGUAGCGGGGGCGGUGGGAACAAUGCCGUUGGGAUGUGGGUUCGUGGGGGUCAUACCUGCUCUGGAGUUUCUCCUGAAAGAUGGAGAAGACGGACCCUCAGGUGAUGGCGGUACCGGGGAAGGGGGUCCGCUGAAGUUGAACUUCUGGAAGCUCGUUCUCUGGAGCCUGGGGGUAUGCCUCUUUGGGGUCGUUUUUGCCGUCCCACUGAGGAAAGAGGUCAUUGUCCGAGAGAAACUCAAAUUCCCUAGCGGGACAGCCUCUGCGCUGAUGCUGAGGGUUCUUCAUGGAAGCGGGCAGAGUGAUGAGAAGAUGAAGGGCAGCAUGGCCCGGCCGUCCGACGCUCAGCGCGACGAAGAAAGUGAAGCGCUCAUGGCAACACACGAGGCUGAAGAAAGCGACAGAGUCGUAAAGGACGCUGAGGCCCAGAAAGAGCUGGCCGACAGAAAAGACUGGCAGUCAAAGAUGCGUUUGUUGAUCGGCGCUUUUGGUGUCUCUGGCCUCUAUACACUCUUUUCUUACUUCGUGCCUCAAGUCCGAGACAUCCCCAUCUUUGGCCUUUCUCUGGCGCAGAACUGGCUGUGGACCCUCAAUCCAUCACCAGCGUAUGUCGGGCAAGGGAUUAUCAUGGGCCCGUCGACUUGUAUGCACAUGCUCUUUGGAGCUGUUCUCGGUUGGGGCAUUCUUUCUCCGCUCGCCAAAGCGCGCGGCUGGGCCCCCGGACCUGUAAAGAGCUGGGAUGAUGGAAGCAAAGCUUGGAUUGUGUGGAUCUCUCUCGCGAUCAUGCUAGCCGACUCGCUCGUCAGCCUCAGUUGGCUGGCGAUCAAGCCCGCCCUCACCCAUGCGCCGAAAUUGAAGAGCGCGGUUUUGCAAACCAAGGCUGGGCGCUGGGUUGAAACGCAACGACAAAACAAGUUUAGUCGUCGUUCCCAUAUCAGCUACUCCUCGUUGAGCCCCAUCUCCGAGGAGUCGUCUAUCCCCAGUCACCGGUCUCAGCUCGACGGAAGGGAUCUCGGUUCGGCCCCCAGCGACGACGAUGACGCGCCACCGUCACAGCUCAUCUCAACAAGAACCGUUAUCAUCCUCCUCCCUCUCACCCUUAUUCUGAAUGUCGUCUGCAUGCACAUCGUCUUCGGCGACGUCAUGUCGCCACUCCUCUCCAGCUUCGCAACCCUUCUCGCAGUCCUACUCUCCAUCAUGGGCGUCCGCGCCCUCGGCGAAACCGACCUAAACCCGGUUUCCGGGAUCAGCAAGCUCACCCAACUUCUCUUCUCCAUCGCAACGCCCGCAUCCCACUUCUCCCGACGCACCGCACUCGUAACGAACCUCCUCGCCGGCGCCGUCUCCGAGUCCGGCGCCCUACAAGCCGGGGACAUGAUGCAGGACCUGAAAACGGGCCACCUCCUCGGCGCGAGCCCCAAAGCCCAAUUCUACGGCCAGAUCAUCGGCAGCCUGGUUGGCGCCGUGCUCUCCACAGCCGUAUACAAGAUGUACGUCAGCGUCUACGAGGUGCCGGGCCCGCUGUUCGAGACCCCCACCGCCUACGUCUGGAUCUUCACCGCGCGGCUCGUCACCGGCCAGGGCCUGCCCCCCAUGGCCUGGCAGGCCUCCCUCAUCGCCGGCGCAGCCUUCGUCGUCAUCACUGCCCUCCGCAUCUACGCGGCCACGCCCGCCGCCAACGGCGGCCGACCCGACACCACGGCGCCCUGGCGAGUGUGGAUCCCAGGGGGGAUCGCCGUCGCGGUCGGCAUCUUCAACGUGCCGUCAUUCACACUUGCUCGAGCCAUCGGCGGCACAAUCGCCUGGUGGUGGGCACGCAAGCAUGCACCCCCCUCCCCUGAGGCUCUCCAGCAGCAGCAGGACGAAGACAACGAAGACCGUCCCGCGGUAGGCAAGUCCCCAGAGCAGAUCUCCCAAGCCGCAGACGCGGCGUCAUCCACAGUGGUGGUGCUGGCUUCGGGGCUGAUCUUGGGCGAGGGCAUCCUCAGCAUUGCGAACUUGCUUAUGGCUAGUGGGGGAGUUCCGCACCUUUAAUAUCUUUGUAUAUGGCGGGUAGUGUAGAUGAUCGUAUCUUAG